GAAGUAGUGCUGCUGCUGCGUCAACCCCGAGAGACUUCAGCCGUGUGGACCUCGAUGCAGGCUGUGCUUCAGCUUCAGGAAAAGCAAAUUCAGCCUAAAGUAGCUUAAAGUCACUGUUUAAAACUAGACGCGUAGCUUUAAAAGGCUUUGGCGUUGGUAUAAUUUGCAUAGCAGCGUUUUUUUCUUCAGAAAUAUCGACUAAGUGAAGGUAGCCGCCUGGUCAGUAAGCAGCCCUCACUAUGUCUGAUGGGGACUAUGAUUACCUCAUCAAGUUCCUAGCCCUGGGGGACUCUGGGGUGGGAAAGACCAGCUUCCUGUACCAGUACACGGAUGGCAAGUUCAACUCCAAGUUCAUUACCACAGUGGGCAUUGAUUUCAGAGAAAAGCGAGUGGUGUACAAGUCCAGCGGACCCGACGGUACACCUGGUAGAGGUCAGAGGAUACACAUCCAACUAUGGGACACAGCAGGCCAGGAGAGGUUCAGGAGUUUGACGACAGCGUUCUUUAGAGAUGCUAUGGGUUUCCUGCUGCUGUUUGAUUUAUCUAAUGAACAGAGCUUCCUUAAUGUCAGAAACUGGAUGAGUCAGCUGCAGAUGCACGCGUAUUGCGAGAACCCUGACAUCGUCUUGUGUGGAAACAAGUGUGAUCUAGAAGACCAGCGUGCUGUCAGCGAGGAGGAGGCGCGAGAGCUAGCUGAGAAAUAUGGGAUCCCAUACUUUGAGACGAGUGCAGCUAACGGUGAAAACGUCAGUCGGGCAGUGGAGGUUCUGCUGGAUCUCAUAAUGAAGCGGAUGGAGAGGUGUGUGGACCGGUCCUGGAUCCCUGAUGGCACCAUGCGCUCAAACGGGCACAGCGGGAGCGAGCUGGUUGAACCACCAACGCCAGAAAAAAGCAAGUGCGCCUGCUAGUGGUCACCUGCCACCACUGCACCCUUUCAUCCUGUUAUGAUACCAGCACCAUCACACCCUCCACACUUUUAUACAGAUAGCAGAUUUUAGAUAGCUCAGGAGAACGUGCCUGACAAUAUUGUCUUAAAGAGUGGGCCUGGAAACUUUACUACAGAAGGUAUACUCCAGUUUUUCCAGCCUGGUCUAUGUGUGCUGUAUCUGGAGCAUACAGUAAUGAUAAUUUCAAAAUCUUUAAUACUUUAUAGCCAAUAGUAAGGAGCUAAAGCAUCUGCUCAUUGACUUCUAUUAAAAAUAUGUUUCGAGUCAAAGCAAUGUUAUUGUCUGUGGCUUGCAGUCACACACUACACAUGCAGCAAACUGAAAUUAGGUUGAAAAACACAGGAGUGCUCCUUUAACUGUAAGACUGUUAGACAGAAAGUAACACUGAGGUUACUGUUCUGAGCUAUGUCAACCCACAUGCAUUAGAAAUGCAAUAUUAUGUCAUAUCCUCUCACACAGGCACUGACUUCCUGAAGCCAUCACCACGUGUUAAAAUUGUCAGCAUAAAUGAAACUGUGCGCAACACCUGAAACAUUUAUGCUUUUGGCUUCAGAAAGUCAGUACUGUUGGCAGGUUUAAAGUCUCUUCAUAUCAUCUUACUGGCCUCGCACAGUAAGGAAUGUAACUGAGACUGUAUUCAGCGGGUAUAUGUGCAUGUGUGUCUGUCACCUUUUUAUCAAUGUGUCAAAAAUAUGAUAAAAGAAUGAGAGAAAUGUUGUUUUUUGGAAAAGAGUUGUUUCACAAGUGCUUUAUUAAAAUGUGAUCGGCCGGGUUUCUGGACACAGAUUAAUCUAAACUCACCCUGAAAAUAAGUAGACAAGAGUGGAACUCUGAUUCAUCUUGGUCUAGAAACCCAGAUUAAAGGUUCAGUGGAAAAUCAGAUUUACACAGCUCACCCAACCCCACCGCUCCCCUUACCACAAACAUAGCUGUUCUGCCAGGAGAUGUUUGGAGGCACAUGUUUGCUUCUUCAUUGUUACAGUGAAGCUAUGUGACCAGUAGGCAAUAAAUAAAUUAAUUAAUUAAUAAAACAAUAAAAGCCAAUACUCUGCUCUGGUUAUCCAGCUCAGCUGUGUCCCAUUUGUGUACUACACACUAAUACUGUAAGGUAUAAAUUAUAUACUAAUCCUUAAACGAAAGAUGGGAAGAUUAGUAUAUUAACUAGUAUAUAACUUAGUAUACUAAUGUUCUUACCUGUCUUGUACUAACUGGAAGUGUCUAACCAUGUCUAUGCCAACAUUUGACAUUGAGUCCCUUCUAACAUUUUUUUAUAGUCAUUUUUCCAGACGUAAGUACCUCAGCCCAACUUUCAGCUUCAACUUUUCAGCUGCGUUGUGGGAUAAUAGUGGCCAUUGUAAACCCUCCUUAAAUAAUGAUAAAUAUUUGAUUUAAAUAUAUAUAUUGGGUAUUUUGUCUACACUACAUACUUAGUACUUAAAAACUAGUUAGUAUUAGUAAUUAGUAUACAAUCUGGACGCAGCCUAUGAUUUUGUUUGAGUCUGCAGGCAUGACCGAACUGACCAAGUCGGACCAUCAGUAUGACCAAUCUUGACCGUGCGGGUUGAUGAGUAUGACCAACAUCAAACCAAAACCAAAUGCAACAUAAACUAUACUGGUCAAGAGCUGGUUAAACCAUGUGACUAGCAGCAUGACCAGCACAACGGUCUGUGUUUAUUGUGGUUCAGUUUAGACCAUCUGAAACCAGCAAGCGGCAAAAGCUUAAAGACAUAGUCACCAAUAUAAUCACACGCUUCCGACACAUCUCUCAGACCACUCAAACUGUGUCUAGACCUUUGUUAAGGUGGUACAGAUUUGUGUAUGUGCUUUAGAGCAAUAUGAUAAUAUUUUAUUGUAUGGUAAUAUGUUUGUUAUUGUGAUAAAUGAUGUGCAUUUCUGAGUAUAUUGGUCAUUUCAUCAGUGCUUAAAAACACACUGAUUAACUGCACAUUUGAUUACAAAAAGUGUAUUUAGUCCUUUUUAAUUGGGUGAAGUGCAGCAAAAAAAUGAAAUAACUAGCAUUUAAUCAUUGUUUAUUGCCUGUGAAAAUAUGACAAACAUUGUGUAUUUUAAAAAUGUCUUUAAAUAUCACAAUACGGGGCACCGAGUGGUCCAGCGGUCUAAAGCGCUGCCACUAUGAGCGGGAGGUCGCAGGUUCAAACCCCCACUCAUGCUGCUUUACCAUAAAGCUGCCGGUGUUCAGAGGAAGCAAAAUUGGCCCUGCUCCCUCCGGGUUGGUAGACGGCGCUCUCUCCCCACAUCACUCCUAGGGUGAUGUCCACUGAGUUGCUGCGCUUUCCUCCGAGCGUGCUGGCUACUCAGCUACUCAAUCAACAGCAGCUCAAGAAAAAGACGUGGCUGACUUCACAUGUAUCGGAGGAAGCAUGUGCUAGUCUUCACCCUCCUGGUGUGAAGAUUUAAUUAAGUAAAGUAGAGCAGGACAAUAUAUCAUUAUUUUAUCAUAUUGUGAUCAUGAUCGCUGCUUAAAGAACACUGGUACAACAGUAUAUUCCUUUGCAGAGUAUGUAAACAUUAUAGAUAAAAUACUGUAUUUAAAAAGAGUAUUUGAUUUGUUUGCUGGUGCAUUUGGUCAAAACAUGAUCAACACUCUGGUAUUAUAAUAUUUUCUUUCAAUUUUAGCCAUACCGUCAAGCCCUAGUCUAAAGAUAUUCUUCGGUUAUUUUGAGCAAUCAAAAAUGUGAGUUUUAACCCAUUUAGAUAUUCAAACAUAGUCUCAAACUAAUGCUCUAUCCAUCAGCCAAUGUUAUUGCCAGUCUACACAAGCCUUAGUCUAACUGAUACUAAUAUUAUAACAUCAUUUGUAAUAUUUUGUAUUAAAACCUGUCUUUUUUAAAGGUCAAUCAACCAAUCAAAUCUGAUGACCUGGAUGUGAUUUGAGUUUGAUUGGGUUGAGAGAAACACAUGGGCAUAUAUUUACAGAAAAUAUUUGGAUGACUAUUAAUUUUUAGCAGUUGCUGUUAGAGCUACGUUAGCAUUAUAAUCCAGUUCUAACCUAAAAAAAACAAAACUUGGAUAUCAAAUGUGUCUUGGCUUAUCAACUGUCUGGGGAAGGGAAUAUUGUGUACAUUUGAUUUCACACUCAACCAUUCCACCAAGUGUGUUUUACAUAUGUUGGUUGAGGAGAUUUCAUUUCAUUGUCAUUUCUUUUUUUUUUUUUUUCGUUUUAGUGCCUUUUUGUUAUUUUUUUCCUCCAUCAGUGUAUAAGUGCAAUUUAGAGAACUGAUCUCAUGGACUCUCUCACAGGCUUGUUAUGAAUGGUUUUCUACAUUUCUGUACAUCACCAGCUAUCCAGUAUAACGGCUUCAGUACACCAGUUUAACCAUUUCAGCUGCUGUGAUGGACACUUUUCUCCUUGUCAGGUUUUUUUUUAAGUUUUGUUGUUCUGCUCUGUUUAGUAAUCUAGUCUUUAAAGUCUGAGCACAUGAAAUCAGCAGAUAUUUACUGUAGUUGAUGAUUUAUUGUAGGCUGUGUGUGCAAUGAUGUAUCAAUCUUUGGCAUUUUCUGUUUUUCUCAAUAGUUCAGUUGGAUUUCAACACGGUAAACUGGUCCUGCCUUGCUGGUGUUUUUGCUUACAGUUUUAGACUAGUAUAAGGAUUUUCUUAUCUAAUCCAAAACACCACAGACACUGUUUACAACUGGUCACUUCUAAUGUUUUAGUAAAGACUGAUAGACUUGACAUGGCUCGGUCUUGGUUCGGUCUGCUCUAAGUAAAGACAAAUACAUUUAGUGUUCGAGUCCAAGUCAAGAGGAAGAUAUUUAGUGUUUGAGUCCAAGUCCAGUCCAAGACCAAGGCGUUUAGUGGCCGAGUCCAAGUCAAGGCCUUAAGGCAUUUAGUAGCUAAGUCUAAGUCAAUACAAAGACACUUAGUAGUUGGGUCCAAUUCAAGAUCAAGACAUUAAGUUCUUGAAUUCAAAUCAAGACCAAGACCAGGUGUGUCAAAGACCAAAACAUUUUUUUCCCAUCAUAUACAAAUAAGAACAAGAAAGUGAAAAAAAUAAAAUCUGUAAAUUAUUGUUUAUUACACAUGAUGUAUAUUAACACAUUUAUUUCAUUAAAUAUUUUUUUAAAAAACUUCAAAUAAUAUACAGAACAAAAGUUUAGUUUCUAAAUAACGUUAGCUCACUUAGAGACCAAGACAGGACCAAUUCCAAAUGAAGUCAAGACCAAGAAGAUACUGAGAACGAAGUCAUACUACAACAGUAGUAUCUGGAUAAGACCGAGCCACAUAUAGUGUGCAGAACAGAUGUAAAAGAUGCAAAAUCAAAAUUGUGAAUGCACAGACACAUGCAGGACACAUUCACAUACCAUAACUCCUCCAAACACAAGGCAGCAUGGACUGCCUAAGCCAUUGCCUUCCUUUGUGUGUGAAGUAAUGCAGAAUGGCACAUGAAUUGUGCACACCACACGAAGAAGCUGAACAGAUAAACAACUUGUCACAUAUUCUGUCCCACACAACAGUUGUAUUUCAGUCUAACAGGAGAUGCAUUUGAUUACUAAGUGUAAAUGCAUGUGGUUACAUUUUUACCUGAAUACAAUCCAGAUACUAGUCAUGUGAAGUGACCAGAUUUAAACAGAGUCUAAUUCAACUCAUUAGCUACCAAUAGUUGCCUGCUAAUGAAGUGUGUGUGUGUUAAGGGAACAUGAAUAGCCUAAAAUCAUUCUACUCUCUGAAACUGAAAGUGCACUAACACUAACAUAUAAUUUCAUAGAUUUCAGUUUAGGUAAACGGGCUGAGGUUGCCAAUGAAUGUUCAUAGUGUUCAAAGUGCCAAUAAGACAGAAUGUGUAAUUGUGUUUUUCCUGGAGGAUUCUGUGUCUUACAUGCCAGAUUUUAGGCUGUGCCACUGUUUUAUAAAGGCAUUUUCUGAAAAAAAAAAUAAGAAAAUGAACCUGGUUGACUAACAGUCAAGCUACUACCUUUCCUACAACUGUCCAGAAGAUCCAGAAGAUCAAUUCAAUAUCAAUUUUAAGCCAUUGACCAGUUGUUGUUCAAGUGCUCACAAGUACAGCAUAAACAACUACCAGUCAUUAUCCACCAAGACUUUGGAUACACAAUCACUCAUGAAGCAUCUAUCCUAAUGUAUAGUCUUUAACACUGAAUCCACGCUAAACACUGUCUCUAUGCCAAAUAUGAAAAAAAAAUGUUUCAGAAAAGAAAUAUAUUUUAUUAUUUAUUAAAAUGGCUUCACAAAGCA